UCUAGUAGCCAUUCCAGUCUCCAGAUACUUUUUCCCCUUAUAAAACCAACAAUUAAUCUUCCGCAUAAGAAGAAGAAUUCAUCCUCAGCACUUCUUCAACAUAAUAAAAAACAUGUUUUCUUUUGUUUACUUUCGUUCGAUCAAUUAGUUAAUUCUGCAAGUGUCGGAAACAGAAUCUCCGGGCAGGAUCAGAUUCCGGCGGCCAUGAAAGGCAAAGGAAGGCACCGGAAGAGACUCAUACGCUUCGUGACGUUUCCCCUCACGGCUCUUUGCAAGGCGAGGGAUUUCUACGUGAGAAGCAUGACGGAUUGCAGCGGGCGGGUCGGCGUCGGAAACGUCGCCGGAGUUGGGCCGAUGCACGGCGGCCGAUUGCCGAAGAAUUUCAGCGUCGGAUCUCUCCGGUCCAAUGAAAGCGAGGAUUUCAGGGAGCUGGUCCGGGCGUCAUCGUCAACUAACGGCGUUAGAAGUGCUGACCUGGACUUGUUGGCCCGGGAACGGAUGAAGCGGGCCGCGUCGGAUCCCGGCGGCAUGCCCCGGAGUUGCAGCGUUGGGAUGGGGAAGAUUGAUGAAGAUGCUCCUUUUGUUAGUGGAGAAGACAAUGAUUUUGGUAAUAAUGGUGGUAAUGGAGAGGUUAAUUUUGGAAGAAAUAGAAGCUAUGAUGUAACAAAAAGCAAUGCAAAAUUAUAGAAAUUUAUAUAUUCAAAUUGAAACUUUGAUUUACGAGAUGGUCUGUAGUCGCUAUUCGAAUGUACAUUUUGAUUGAAAUCGGAGAAUUGAACUUGAAAUUUUGUGAUUAUCAAA